AUGAAGCACCCUCUGGCACUCUUGCUGGCUACUGGAGUACUUCAGGUGUCCUGCCAGCAGGCUCCUGGAUUCUCCAAAGUCCUUGAUUAUCCCUCCCGCCUAAUCACCCUCGAUGACAUUGUCCCGUUCACGUGGCGUAACCCUACCACGGCCGAAACCGAUGUGAAGUGCUGUCCAAAGGGGACUUUGUAUGACGGCACCAGGUGUCUGCUGUAUUACAAAGGCAUCUGUCCCGAGAACAUGAUCUUCGAGGAUGGGAUGUGUGUCCAUACCAAAGGGCCCCAAUGCCCACCUGGCUUCAAGUAUCAAGACCAUCUAUGUGUGUCCACUCAACACCCGAUUUGCCCUUCCGAAUCCACCUGGAUAAACGGGACCUGCACCCUGUCCAUCCCUCCGAGGUGUGAUGCUGGGUAUGAGUUCAAAGACGGCCAUUGUGUGUACCAAGAAGGUCCUCAGUGUCCCCAUGGCUUCUUUCCCGAGAACGGUCGGUGUUUCUCACGGUCCAAUCCGGACUGUCCCGAUGGCUUACGGUACGACGGCGAGAGCUGCAUCGCCAGGGACGGGCCGUCAUGCGGGCGACAGGAUCUUGUCGUUCUUGAUGGGAAGUGCGUAUCGAAGGAGCAACCGCAGUGCCCUCCUGGGUACAAGAACGAUGGUUCUCAUUGUCGUCUCACGCGGGACCCCGAGUGUCCCCCUGGCACAGUGCCUCGAAAUGGACAAUGCGCGUCUCAAACUCCGCCCACGUGUACAUCAGGCCGUUUUGAAAAUGGCCAGUGUCGAACAGACCAGACGCCCCAGUGCCCUCCCGGAUUGGAUUUGGAGAACAAACGAUGCGUGCGGCGAGAGAACCCCGUCUGUCCCCCUGGGUUCGCUUCAUCCUUCCAUCGACCCUCUCAGACCGGACGAUGCUGCCCAACAGCUUGGACGUGGGAUGGUUCCUCCUGCAUUUUGAUCCCUUCUGAUCCCGCAUCGUGCCCAGAAGGAACCAAGUUUGACGGCGAAAAGUGCGUCACGACUUCUCUCGAGCAGCCACUCUGCGAAACCUCACUGGAGCUCCGCGACGGCUACUGCAUAUCAGAAGAGACGCCCAUCUGCGACGUGGGAGUAUGGAAUGGACAGUACUGUCUGUUCGAUGAAACACCGCACUGUCCGUCUCCUACUCGGUUCAAUGGUGUGGAAUGUGUCUCCACGCAGCCCCCGACCUGUCCGCCAGGCUCGCAUGUCCACGCUAACCAGUGCCGUGGCGACAAGCCAGCGAGCUGUCCACCUCCCUUGCGACUAGUGAAAGAUCACUGUGUGGACGCCACACCUCCAGAGUGCCCGACCGGCUUCACUCUCGUAGGGACUGUCUGCCGCUCGGUCAAGCCGCCUCAUUGCCCCGACGGUCAAAUGUACUGGAAUGGGAACUGCAUCAUCCCAACCACCCCUCAAUGCCCGGACGGAUUCCCACCCGUGGGCGACAAGUGCCUUGCAGACGUCCAGCCGGAAUGUCCCCCAGGCUUCCGAGUCGAGGGCAAGAACUGCGUUUCCACCGAGAACCCCGAAUGUCCCCCGGGGCUCGAUCGGGUCGGCGCAGACUGCGUCCAUCGAGGCUCUCCUUCCUGCGCUCCAGGUACAGUGCCAGACGGAAACCGAUGCAUCUCGCUGGUCCCACCUCAAUGUCCCGACGGUCUCGUCCCGCGAGGCAGCGAAUGUGUGGCCAACGAUAACCCCGAAUGUCCACCGGGUUUCCGUUUCCUCGACAAUCACUGUGUCUCUGAGAAUAAGCCCCAAUGUCCACCGGGAUCUACCUUGGUCGGCGAGGAAUGUGUUGUUGAGAAGGCCCCUGACUGUCCGCCCGGUACGGAAUUCCACUCUGGGAUGUGUGUCUCGACGAAGCGGCCGGAAUGUCCCCCGGGCCUGGAGUUGAAGAAUAAUAAGUGCGUCAGGACCUCGGAGCCUGAGUGUCCUCGGGGCCAGAAAUUCAAUGGGUCCUUCUGCGCGUCCACGGAUGAUCCACAGUGUCCUGAGGGGACAAGCUAUGAUGGAGCGAGGUGUUCCGUCAACGCCAAUCCUUCUUGUUAUGAGCUUCAAUACUGUCCUCCUACUGCUCCGUCCCGGAACGUUUUGGUGAAGUAA